AUGAGGAGAUAUAUGGUGUCCCACUCCUUGCAGAUCCUGAAGAAGGAAUUGGGGCUGUACCAGCUUACCAUGGGUAUCAUUAUGAUGAACCGAGUGUGUAAAAUGUUCCGCCAAGGCCUCCGGGGAUUUCGGGAAUAUCAGAUCAUUGAGACUGCUCACAGAAAGCACCCUAUCUUCUCUUUCUGGGAUGAAAGGAAGCAAGGUCGAAUCACAUUUGAUACCAUGGACUUCGUUGCAGAGUCGGGUCACUUCCCUCCAAGGGCCAUUCAGAUAGCGCAGAAGAAGCCCGCUUGGAGGACAGAGCAGGAGAUCCAGGCUCUCUGUAGCCUCUUGCAGGUUCUGGAUAGUUUCCGGAACUACUCAGAGCCCCUGCAGCUGCUUCUGGCCAAGGUUAUACGCUUUGAACGGUUUGGUCGUAGGCGUGUGAUCGUCAAGAAGGGCCAAAGGGGCACGAGUUUUUAUUUUAUCUACCUGGGCAUGGUCGCAGUGACCGAGGACGAGGAUGGCAGCAGUGCCUUCCUGGACCCCCACCCAACGUUGCUGCAAAAGGGCAACUGUUUUGGGGAAAUGGGCCUUCUAACAUCUUCAGUGAGGAGGGCCACCGUGGUCUGUAUGGAAGAAACAGAGUUCUUGGUUGUUGACAGAGAGGAUUUCCUUGCUAAUAAACUGGACGAAGAAGUUAAAAAGGAUGCUAAGCAUCGGUUUGAAUUUUUUAGGAAAAUGGAUCUGUUUCACUCCUGGUCUGAUGAUAAGCUCUGGAAGCUCGUAAUGCUGGGGAAGGUAGAAAAGUUCUCCUAUGGGCAGCUGAUCUCAAAGGACUUUGUAGAAUCGUCCUUCAUCAUGUUUGUCUGUAAGGGCAGCUGUGAAGUCCUGCGGCUGAUAGACCUUGGGACCUCACCCUUCUACCACAAGUGGGUCUGGCAGCACCUGCAGCUAAUAGAGGACAGACCUCUGAACUCCCGUCUCAAGGAUCUGUCUCCUGUGGAGAGAUUUAAGGAAUUCCAAAUCAGAUCGUAUCCUGUACAGGACUUUAGUUUUCUGAAACUUCUGCACCUCCAGAAAUCCCAGGAGCAGCAGGGAUCCAGCUUCAGUAGGAAGAUUAAAACCUCAGGAAAUACCCUCCCAAAGACCUUGGGGUCAAAGAUUAAAUCCAGGUGUCCUCAUUUGAUGGAAUGUUCCAUGAUUGAAACCAAGUAUGGUGAUCUCCCCAAGGAGGCUGCAGUGGGGGCCUACAUGAAGAUCCACACCGUGGAGCAAGGAGAAAUCUUGGGCCUUCACCAGAUCCUCCUCCCGGACAGCCAACAUGACAUACGGCCCUUGAUCCUCGUGAGCCUGGGAGCUGAGGUGAUACGGGUGGGGAAAGAAAAAUUCUGCGAACUGAUUGACAGUGAGACAAUAGAAAAGUUGUCGAAGUUCAAGAUCAUGUACCCCAGCGAUGAAGAUAUGUGCCAGAAGUUCCUCAAGGAGAACACCUGGAAUAUCUUUCGAAAGGACCUGGUACGACUGCUUGUAGAGCCUCGCCAAUGUCCACCAUUCACCCCAAUCCGGCCCAAGAAGAAAGGGAUCUACAACCCCAAGGCUGUGAUGCUGGAUUUGUGUAGCUUAGACAAGAAGACUAAACGUCAUCAUCCCAUUUUUAUGGCACCCCAGAAAUAUCUCCCCCCAUUGAGGAUUGUUCAAGCUAUUAUAGCACCCCGGUACAAAAUCCAAGAACUCCUGCCUCAGUAUAAGAAUGCAGGGGUCCUUGUUUAGAAUCAAUAAAAGGUAUUGGAUUGAC